UACUUUUUACAGCUGAAUACCUACUGGAUUGCUGGGCGAGCUGCUGGUGCUGAGUUGAUCGAUGAACUUGGAUCUGAUUAUCGAGGAUUAUCAUUUGUCACUGGUGGUCAACACAACCUCAGUACUCAAGCGACGGACAUCAGAAAGCGACGACCCACUUGUUGCCGGAUUCAAUUUGGCCGUUUCAGGAAGUUUUGCCAGCGACUUACCGAUCCAGGUUCGGUCACUUCAAACGAUUUUUCCAAGUUGGUGUCUUCAAUUGGUGGUGAGACAUUUGAAAACAAGCUGAAGGUUGCAAAAGAGCUGGUCAACAGGAUCAAAUCCCAUCCCGAUUUCAUAAAUGUAUUCAUCGGCUCAAAUGACUUAUGCAAAGUCUGCACUAACAAGACGGAAUUCGGUGCAGAACAAUUUUCGGACAAUCUUAUCACGACUAUACGGUAUUUGAGAGACAAUCUUCCAUUGACGUUCGUUAACCUUGUUCCUCCAUUUCAUGUUGAAAUACUUCGCCAAACUCACAUGUCGUGCCCGUGCAUAUUUGGCUCACCGAAUGAAGAUUUCGACGAUAUAAAGCUUGCUUUCGACAAAACCCUUGAAGUCUUUAACAGUUCCGAAUUCCAAACGGACACAUUCGCCGUCGUCGUCUCAUCAGGAAUAAAUGUGGAUCAGUUGGAUUCGAUUAACCUCGCUUUCGUCGCUCUCGAUUGUUUCCAUUUUUCACAAAUGGCUCACGAUAUAGUGGCGAAAAUUCUAUGGAACGAUCUUUUCACGCCGGUGAAUAACCGGACACCGGUAGAAUGGGACACGUUCAAGCCACAGUCAUGGGUUUGCCCUCCCGAGGACUGCCCAUAUUUAAAAACUCCAGUGAAUUCGGAGAAUUGUUCAUGUCCACACAUGCAAAAGCAAAAACACAAGCAGAACCUGACGCUAGUAACCCCGAUGAAAAAAAUUAAUGUCAAGGUCGAUGGAACUGUAAGUUUUCAUUUGUCUACAUUUUUCUCCUUCUUCCCUUAG